CGGAGCCAUGGGGCGGCGGCGGGCGCUGGUCAGCGCGCUCAGCCUGUGCCUCAGCCUGUGCGCCCUGGGGCUGCUGCUCACCGCCCUCCUCUCCGACCACUGGUACGAGACCGACCCCCGGCGGCACCGCGCCGGCUGCGAGCGCCGCGCCCGCCCCCCGCGCCCCGGCCAGCGCCCCCGCCUGCUGCCCCUGCCGCCCCUGCCCCUGCGCCGCCGCCUGCCCCGCCGCGCCGGGCCGCCCCCCGCCGGCCCGGAGCCCGCUCGCUGGCCCGCGCUGCCGGGGCUGGGCGUGCUGCAGUCCGGCUGCGCCCGCCCGCUCUUCGCCACCUACGCCGGCCUGUGGAGGAAAUGCUACUACCUGGGCAUCGACCCGGACCUGGACAGCCUGGUGGAGAGAGGUAUUGUUCAGAGAUGCACAGCUAUCAAAUACCACUUCUCCCAGCCAAUGCGCUUACGAAAUAUUCCAUUCAACUUAACCAAGACCAUCCAGCAAGAUGAGUGGCAUCUGCUUCAUUUAAGAAGAAUCACGGCUGGUUUUCUGGGCAUGGCAGUUGCUGUUCUUGUCUGUGGAUGCAUCGUAGCGGCAGUCAGUUUCUUUUGGGAGGAAAGCCUCACACAGCACGUGGCAGGCCUUCUAUUCCUUAUGACAGGAAUAUUUUGCACUAUUUCUCUGUGCACUUAUGCAGCAAGUAUAUCAUAUGAUCUAAACCGCCUACCAACAUUCAUAUAUAGUCUUCCUGAUGAUGUGGAACAUGGAUACAGCUGGUCUAUAUUUUGUGCUUGGUGCAGUUUAGGAUUUAUAGUAGCAGCAGGAUGUCUUUGUGCUGCUUAUCCGUUUGUUAGCAGGACCAAGAUUAUUCAUCUAAAGUCUACCAGAAACUCUUCUGUAUGAUUGCUUCUCAGAAGAUGAAAUUCUCUACCCUUGUUCAGGGACAGGCGAACAAUAUUGUGCAAGGACUUACCACAAAAAAAGUGAAAGGAAAGUUACAUUCAGGGUUCCAUGCACAAAUACCUGAUCCUUCAAAAUCUACCAGUCAGGAAACAAGAGGCAUUCUGUUCUGCUUUCUAGCUGACUGAAAUCAAAGAAAGGAAACACCUUCCCAAGGACAAGAGUAGUAGGGGUAUCAACUGCUUCAGUCAAAAUACUGACAAGUUUCAGAGUAACAGCCGUGUUAGUCUGUAUCCGCAAAAAGAAGAACAGGAGUACUUGUGGCACCUUAGAGACUAACAAAUUUAUUAGAGCAUAAG